GCCGAUCAGACGGUCACUGGAUUUAAGUUAGAGUUCGCAAAACUGUAUAAAACUCUUUGCUUAACCCUAAAUGACGAUCAAACGACUCUUUUGCUUUAUAUGCUUCUCCAUCGCAAUCAUUACUUUAAGUCAUUUGUCUUGAGUCGAGCCCUAGAUUUAGAUCAGUUUGUGGUUCCAAUACUGAAAAUAUUGUAUACCUCUCCCGAUCGUAACUCUCAUCACAUUUAUAUGGCGUUAAUUAUUCUUCUGGUUUUGAGCGAAGAUAAUCUAUUCAACGAAUCAGUUCAUGAUAUCACUUUGAAGAAUAUAGUUUGGUAUACAGACAGACAGCUGACUGAGAUCUCAUUGGGCGGUCUUAUAGUGCUUGUGAUAAUCAGAACAAUUCAAUUCAAUAUGUCCAGAGCC